UCCGGCUGCAUUCCAGAGAACGUUUAUGAGGUCUUGGGGUUCCCAUCUUGGUGCUGGUUCGCGUACUGUGCAAGUAGGUCCACAAGUUCACCCCUUCGCGGUUUCCACCCCUGUUCAAGUUCAGCCACCUGUUGGCGGUGUGCAAGUUGGGUCUCCCCCCCUUCCCCCAGUUGUGAUGUCUAAUCCUGAUCAGGUUCAACCGCCUUUGGAUGGGGUUCGAGGUGGGGCUGGUGGAGAUGCUGUGGUUGUGUUCCCAUCUCUCAACACUCGUGCAUCGCCCAAACAUUUGGUGUCGCAGAUAAAACAAUUUAGUGCCUGUCAACGUAAAGCAGUGGUUCAGAUUGGUUUGGGGGAAUUGUUGAAUCUUGAGGUGGAUGAUUUCCCGAAGAAGUUGGGUAGAAGUUGGGUUAUGUUACUGGGUUAUUCAAUGCACACACCUGUAACAUAUGAUUCGUAUCCGAAUACAUAUUAA